CUGUUUCGUGGCUUGGAAAAAAAUUGUAAAUUUCUAAAUUUAGAGGCAUUCACAACGAAGCGACUCCAAACGACCGCGUGUGUGUGUGAGUGCGGGAGCAGCAAGAAGAAGAAGCAGCGCAGCAGCAAAAAAAGUGUGUCGCGUGAAAAAAGCGAGAGAUUUUCAACGGUCGAAAAAGGAAAACAGCACCACAGGGAAUGGCCGCGCAGGAAAACACGGAGAUCAGCACAAAGUUCUCCACGCUGAACGUGAACGCUGUCGAGUUCGUGCCCAGUUUCAGCUACAGCGUGGCCGCCGCGGCAGCGACGGUGGCAGAGGCGGACGCGCCGCCUCCACCGCCACCCGUGGCCACUGAUCCGGCCUCUGGAUCCGGAUCUGCCACACCAGCCACCACACCCGAUUCCACCGGUAGCGGCGGAUCCACAAAUGCCCUGCCAGCAGCUGCGGCAGCAGCAGCACCUCCUCCUGCGCCGGCGGCGGCAGCGGCAGCGGUCACCUCCUCCAACUCUGCAUCGCCAGCGCCGGGCUCGCCAGCAGCAACGGCGGCAGCGACGCCCGUGGAGAGCCUCAACGCAAACAAUGAAACCGAUCCCGCUGACAGCUGGGAUGUGGAGGAAGAUGCAGUGAUCACACCCGAGGAUGAGGAGGCAGAGGAUGCCGAGUUCGCGGAGGGUGAGGCCACGCCCAAGGUGUCCAAGAAGAAGGUGGUCAAGGUGGAGGAAAACAGAAGCAAGCGAGAACAUGUAAACGUUGUGUUCAUCGGUCAUGUUGAUGCUGGCAAAUCAACAAUUGGCGGACAGAUCAUGUCUCUCACCGGCAUGGUGGACAAGCGAACGCUGGAGAAAUACGAGAGGGAGGCUCGCGAGAAGUCUCGCGAGAGCUGGUACCUGUCCUGGGCGCUGGACACCAAUCAGGAGGAACGCGACAAGGGCAAAACCGUUGAGGUAGGACGCGCCUUUUUCGAGACUGACCGCAAGCACUUUACCAUCCUGGACGCGCCCGGCCACAAGAGCUUCGUGCCGAACAUGAUCGGAGGGGCGGCGCAGGCUGAUCUCGCCGUUCUGGUCAUCUCGGCGCGAAAGGGAGAGUUCGAGACGGGUUUCGAUCGCGGUGGACAGACCCGCGAGCACGCCAUGUUGGCCAAAACAGCAGGCGUCAAGCACCUGGUCGUGCUGGUGAACAAAAUGGAUGAUCCCACGGUCAGUUGGGAUCAGACGCGCUACAACGAAUGCAAAGACAAGAUACUACCAUACCUCAAGAAGCUGGGCUUCAACCCGGCAAAGGACCUUACCUUUAUGCCUUGCUCGGGCCUCAGCGGCUACGGCCUUAAGGACCAGAUCCCGGAGACACUGUGCCCCUGGUACCGGGGGCCAGCAUUCAUUCCGUUCAUCGACGAACUGCCCUCGCUCAACCGCAAAUCGGACGGGCCUUUUAUCAUGCCCAUUGUGGACAAGUACAAGGACAUGGGCACCGUUGUGAUGGGCAAGGUAGAGUCCGGAACGGCGCGAAAGGGCCAGAAUUUACUGGUCAUGCCCAAUAGGACGCAAGUGGCGGUGGAUCAAUUGUUCUCGGACGAUUUUGAAGUCACAUCUGUUGGACCUGGCGAGAAUGUCAAGAUCAAGCUGAAAGGCAUCGAGGAGGAGGAUGUCUCGCCUGGUUUUGUGCUCUGCGAUGCCACUAAUCCCAUUAAGACGGGAAAAAUCUUUGAUGCUCAGGUCGUAAUCUUAGAACACAAAUCAAUUAUCUGUGCGGGUUACUCGGCUGUUAUGCAUAUACACUGCGCUGCCGAGGAGGUCACCGUUAAGGCCCUCAUCUGUUUGGUCGACAAAAAGACUGGGGAUAAAUCAAAAACACGUCCACGGUUUGUUAAGCAGGAUCAGGUGGCAAUUAUGCGCAUCGAGUGCUCCGGAAUGAUUUGCCUUGAACAGUUUAAGCUGUUCCCUCAAAUGGGCCGUUUCACGCUCCGAGAUGAAAACAAAACCAUUGCCAUUGGCAAGGUGCUGAAGGUGGUCGAAUAAAUUAAGCCAAGCUGAAUUCGAGCGCCCGCCUUUCACUGCGAUUUUUUGAAAUAGCAUUGCACGCCCGAGGAGAGACAACAACAGCAGCCACGCCACGCUUUCUUUAUAUUUGACAAACUCCAACACACCCACACGCAGCACACAACACACAGUACUCUCACUUACCUAUGGUUACUUUACUUUCUAUCAACAAUAGCUAUUGAUUAUAUAUUGAUUAGAGGAAACGGAUCGAAGCUGAAGGCAAUGUGAAGUGCAUUAUAUAGAAGGGCAAGCGAAAAGUUAAUUUACAAGUUGGACGAACCGACGGACGGACAGAACGAAGUUAAGAGAUAGAAACAGAAAUGCAUUAUAUACGAAAUAUAAACUAUAUUAUGUGUAAAACUAAACGGAAAGUUCGGCUGCAACCAAAUGCGAAACAAGAUGUACUAUUUAUAUGAAUACACGACAAAAAACCACUCAAGCAUAUGCGAGAGAGCGCGGUAGAGAGGAGCAUUAAUAGGUUCUUAAUACGAUUUUUGUUGGUUGAGGAGGCCCCACACUCAAGGAUAUUGAGCGAUUUAUUUUGGUUUACUACCUUUUUGUAUAAACUUUAAGCAUAAAAUUAAAUAGCGUACACACAAACAUGCCUAAAUCGCGCGUAGAGUCGUGACAAUUUUUAAAAAACUAAAGCUGCAAGCUAAACCAAUUUUUGUAUUUGUACAAGCGAAAAAACCCAACCCUCCCUUUCCCCAUUCGGCUUCCCUUGUAGCGCCUUUAAAUUGCAAAUGUGUUAAAUAUUCUGCUAAAUAGUAGAAUGCGAUAUUUUUGUAUUCUUUUCUUUUUUUAAACGAAAUAAUAUAAAUGCUUUAAUUUAAGUUUAAGCUUAAAAUUCACGGAUUAAAAGUUGCUUUUGAUUGCAAGUUGUUUGGAAAAAUGUAACAAACACACCACGACAACACACACAGCAACAUUCAGCGAAAAAUGUAAGCAUAUAAUUGUUAACUUUUAAUCCAAAUUCGAUGUUCUUUGGAAAAAAUCCCCAUUUCAUUUGCUGCAAGAAACAAAAUAUCUUGCUUAUUCUUAUAAUUUAGUUAAUUGAAGAAUUCGUGCGUGUCAAACGCAGGGCACGAAACCCAUUUAUGAAAGAAUAAAAAUGCCUUUUGCUAUUAAGCAGAAACAAAAACCCAAAA